AACGGCAAUGCAGCUGCAGAUAUGAGUUGUAAGAAGGCAAAGCUGCCGGAUCAAGUUCGAGCCCCGGCGGUCUUCAAGUGCGUUCGGGUGACUGCGGUGGAGGGCGGUGGUGGCGGCGGGAAUGAAUACGCGUAUCAAGCCGUCGUGAGGAUCGGCGGGCAUGUGUUUAAAGGAUAUCUAUAUGAUCACGGUGUGGAAGCUAGAGAUGGGUUUCCGAUGUUUUCCGAUUUGCAUCUCGGAGGAGGCGGAGACGGUGGUUCGACGUCGUCACCGGCAGUUGAUCCCACCGAUGUUUAUGUGAGUUCCGGUGGUGGCGGACUGGCCGGAGGUUCCAGCUAUGGUAAUCCAAUAAAUUGAGUUAUUUUUCUCAUGUUGGGCUUAGGGAUCCAUAUUGUUGAACAUAUUCACUGUUGGGUUAUAGCUUUUGAAUUUGUUUAGUGGGAAAAUAAGAAUUUAGGCGCCCCUACUUAUGGUUUAUUUUUAUUUGUAUACUUAUAUUGCAUUUAAUAAAGGGUAGAUUGGAAGUUUAAAUUUCA